CCAAGACAAGCUCUUCUCAAUGAUUGAGCGGAGCUGGGGCGAAUAUUUUCGAGUCCAAAAUGUGCUGAGUCCUGGAGAGGAGAAGCUGCUGCAUGUCUUUGAAUUAUCCUUGCGUGGAUUGCCCCUGCCAGCUCCAUGGAGCAUGUGGUGUGACAAGGAGAAGAAUGCAUUCUUUUUCACAAAUUCUUCUACGGGGGAGACAUCUUGGAUUCAUCCUUUGCAUCAUUUGUUUCUAGAGCUUGCUGCUGUUGGCCGCAGAUUUGUGGAACUACCUCCUUCAAGCAGACCUGAGCUUUUGGCGGCUCUCAAUAGAACCUGGGAGGCUGAAGCUCGUGCAGAGAUUAUGCGAUGGCAUUCUGCAUUUGAUGAUAGGAAUGGAGGAAAGGUGGAGUAUUUCUACAAUGUGGAGACCAAAGCUGUGAUGUGGGAGCGACCAGUAGACGCAUUGCUCCCUGGCUUUUACUUGAAGAAGGAAUUCCUGAAGAAUCUGAAUACCAACUUUGGAAAGCCGGAGUUUGUACAGCCUAUCUUUGAUCCAAAGUCCAAACCCUCCCAACUUGCAAAUCUUCCCGGAGGAGGAGGAGGAGGAGGAGGGGGAGGAGGAGGUCAAGCAGCAGGUCCUCAGCAUCCAACUGAGGAAGGCUUUGAACAUUACUUGGUGAGUCGCGGAGUUCUUUCUUUUCCCGCAGAUGAAGACCUUCUCGAAGUGUUCCAAUCUGCACUCAAAGGAGCCCCGUUGCCGGCUCCGUGGAGCAUGUGGUUUGACAAGACCACUAGGACACUGUUCUUUACCAACACCACGACAUGCGAAACACAAUGGAGUCACCCUUUGCACCGUCUUUUGGAGGACCUCGCCAAAGUUGGAAGAAGGGUUUUGUCAAUACCAUUUGGCAUGAGAGCUGAGCAUUUGGCUGCGCUGAAUAGGACCUGGGACAGUGAUGCACGCGCGGAGAUCCUAAAAUGGCAGACGGCCAACGAGGAUGGCAGAGAAUACUAUUACAACGUUGAAACAAAUGAUGUGAUGUGGGAACGUCCUGUUGACGCAGUGCUGCCUGCUUUCUAUUUGAAGAAGCAAUUCUUGAAGAAGCUAAGUCUCUCUCAUCAAGAAAAAGUCAGUGAUCAAAGGAGAGCAGAACCAGCGCUGCUACCACAGCUUCCCAUUCGAAGGGAUAGUGGAUCGACAAAGCCGUCCACAGCUACCACUGUGACAUCCACCAUGUCCUCUCCACAAAGUGAUGAUGUUUCAGGGACCAGACAAAGAACCUCGAAAACAAGAAGGGCAUCUCGAAAGCUGUCAGAUGUUGCGCAGCUUGAUGACAAUUGGGAGUAUUACCUGACAACCCAAGGAAUCGUAAACGUUCCUGGGGAGGAGAAUUUGCUUAGAGUUUUCCAGUCGGUAUUGAAACGAGCACCGAUGCCGGCGCCUUGGAAGGUUUGGCAUGACAAGUUGAACAACCGUUUCUUCUUUGUGAAAAAGUCAACAGGUGCUACGUCCUGGCAGCAUCCUUUGAAUUCUGUUCUGCAGGAGCUUGCUGGCAUUGCACGCCACCACUUUACUUUGCCAGAAUCACGCCAGGCAGACCACAUUUCUAUGUGGGGUAGCACCUGGGAUGCGCAGGCAGAUGUCGAGAUUGCAAAGUGGAAUGCUGCCACAGAUGAAGACGAUAUGGAGUACUUCUUCAACAGCGAAACGAAUGAGACCAUGUGGGAGCGUCCAGAGGAUGUGGUGCUGCCAGAGCUCUUUUUGAGGAGACAGUUCCUCACCAAACUAGCAGCACUUCAAUGCCAUUCAAAGGAGGAGGCUGAAGCACAGAAGGUCGAGUCUGAGUGUGAGAUAGCUGAAGCUGUGCCUGCAUCAGUCAAACGUCCUACAAUCCGUGCAACAGUCAAGGCUAUCUCUCCCAAGCCGCAGAGAAAAGGAAUCCAGCAAAAGGGUAUUGUCCUGCGUUCAACUCGUCCUGCUGCACGGGAAGUUCAAGAUGAUUCCGAGGCUGUGAUAGGCGUGCUGACAGAGGCAGUUCAAGGCGAUGUCGAUGCGCCAGUCUACACCUUUGACUUCGAAGCACAGGCAGUGAGUGUUGGAAUAGAGGCUGCCCAACACGUGGAAGGGUCUUUCGAGAAAGCUAAAAGUGCGGCAAAGGCGGCCGGGCUAUCGGCAAGAGCAGCUGCGCUGAAUAUUUUCGAGCAAAGUGUAGCUGCUGGGAGAGCAGCUCUUGCAGUGGUGCCCACAUUGCCUGCCUCAGAACGUGCCAAAGCUGCUGCAAUUUCUGCUGCUGAAGUCCAUGUUGGAAAUCUUGCGGAGCAGCUCCAGGCGGCAGCCCUGGCAGCAUAUGCCACUUCGCAGGAUUUUGAUGACAGGAAACAUGCCACAGAACAAGCAACCACCUUUGUCGCUCGUGAACUGGGUCCUGGCACAGCUGACCCAGAGAGUUUGCAACAGCUUACAGGAGAUGCAACACUCUUUGCAUCAGCUGUCAACCUGGGCAUACACAGCUGUAAGGCGUUGCAACUUGAUGAAGAGCAGGCAUCAGCAGCGGGUUCUGCUGCAGCUUUCUAUGUCUUUCGAGAAGGAGGUCGAAAUGAAUUGGCAAGUGCAGUUGCAGCAUGUGCUGCGUCCCAGACUGCACGUAAUGCGGGCUGGGCGCCUGAUGCACAGGUCCAGGCUACAGUUUCGGCUGCAAAACAGGCAGGGAGCAGUCCAGGACAACUGGAAGAAAUUGCCCGCAGAGCAGCCCAUGAUGCCGGAAUCAAAGAUUCUCUCAAGAGUGUUCUGGCACGAGCCGGAACAUUGGUAGAGAAAGGAGGAAGGGCUGAGCCUUUAAGCUCAGACAAUGACUUGGAGCAGACAGUGACAGAGGACGCCAAAUCCUUCUCUUUUGCUGCACCCGACAGCAGUCUGACGAUGCUCUACGAACAAAUAGACAGCUCUCCUCAGUCAAGCACGCUUGAGACUGCCUCAUCGUUUGGGCAGACAGGGAGGCUUUCCUUGACUGGGUCACAGAGGUUCCGUGGCCUUUGCACCAUAGAUGAAGUUCAAUCUGCCUUGACAGAUGCAGAAAGGUGCUUAGCUGCGUUUGAAGAGGAACGCAAGCUUCAAAUGAAAACUCUUCAUCGCAAGCGGUCUCGCAACAAGCUUGCAAAAGACCGGCUACCAAGGGAUAUAGAGGUUGCAAUGACAGAAGCUCAAAAGAUCCUCUCGACCUUUGAUGACGAGCGUCGCCUGCAGCUCCAGAUGUUCAAGAACUCGAGGAAUCGCUCAGGCCGCUUCUGAUUCUUCACUCUUCAACUUAGUGCCAAACUGUUAAACUUUCGUAUUGUCACUAGCCAGAUGUAGUUGCCAAGCAACUUUCUGCUGGUGUUUUUGGCAACUUCGUAUAGAAAUGCCGUGGCUAGCACUUUGCAAUUCAAGCUGACAGUUUGGCCAUUAGCUAACUGAUG